UCAGAAGAUAAUGCAGAGCAUAUAAAGAAAAAGGGAAGAAAAGUAAAGCAAAAAGAUUCUUCUGGUGGCAGUGAAUUAGAAGAUGUUGUGUCUAAAAAACAGAGAAAGGUUGAAAAAUCUAGUGAGCCAGUAAUUACACCUGGCUUACAUAAAGUGCGAAAACAAAAUAAGAAAAAUUUUAGUGAGUUGUUAGAGGAACGAUGGGCAGAACUAACUGGUAAGGAGUUGCCACAUUCCAAAGCGAGGAAAAGAACCAAAACCUGCGAGUUAACUAAAUCUAAGAAAGUGAAAGGAGAUAUUAAACAGAAACCCGUGUCAAAGAAAUGCAAAGAAAGCACAGUUUCUGUGGAAGAGGGGAAAAGGCAACAACAAAGUGUGCAAAUAAAUCCUAAAAAGGAGUAUGAUAUUCGAAUAAGGUAUCAGAAUACACCUCCCCCAAAAUCACUUGUAUACAGCUGUUUUGAUUGUGGAUUUUCAACAUCCCGAUUGUGUAACCUUAUCUAUCACUAUAAGGCACAGUGCCCAAGCUCAGCUCAAAAAGAAUUCUUGAGUAUGGAAAAAGAAACUGUUCAAGAAAAAUUACAGAGUAGGUUUGGCGCUGAGAGAGUGGAUGCUCAGAAAGGCCCGUCAGGUAACAUGAUUAGUGCUGUAACAACAAGUAAUAGAACUUCUGCUAAAAAAGAUACAAAAAGAAAGCUCUUUUCUCUAGAUAAAUCAGAAAAAAAGUCAAAUGGAGACAUUGGGAGCAAACAUCAAGAGCUUAAUGGAGUUCAGGAAGAUGAAGUUGAAAAUGACAUUGAAGAAGACAGUGACAAUGAUAUGUCUUCAGCAUGUGACACACCCAUUAAAAAUGCAUUUGGUUUUGACAAAGAUGAUAUUGUGUGGGUUUAUAAUAAAAAGCUCUACUGGCCAGCAGUGGUUCGUCGAGUAUAUCCUAAGUUAAAAAAGGUUUCAGUUCGAUUUAUUGGGCUGUCCCAAGUCAGCCCUGGAAUUAGAGUUUCAGUAAAAAAAGUGAACACCUUUGAUAAUGCAGAAAAGAACAAGAAAUACUUGAGUUUACCCCAACUUCCAGAAGAUUCUGCAGCUCUACUAAAAGCUGUUCAACAAGCUGAAGAUUUCCUAAGGAAACGGUGUCUAGGAUAUAAAGUUAAUGCAAGGCAGUUUUUUGGGACACAAGAAGAAGACUCUCUUUCAGAAGUUGGAAGCACAGUUAGUGGGACAGGAGGUGAAAACUCCAUGGACAGCAAGGUUUCUGAACGACUGUCACCAUCAAUUCAAUGUUCAUCUCCUUCUCCAUCAUUAGAAAAAGAGACUACUUGUACAGAAACUAAAGAGGACCCUGAAAACCAGUCUAAACUCAGAAAGGAAAGUCAAAGGGAAGAGAACUUGAAGUUGCUUAACUGUAUCCGAAGCGGUCGAGUUGAGGUACGUGUGAUUGGAAACAGCCAUCUAUUUUCUCUUGAAGAAAUCAUUUUUAUGUUAUUAU